AAUCUAUAAAAUUGUGUUAUGAACGCAAAAAGUUCUUCCUCAGAUUACAUUCGAUUUUUUGGAGGCUGCUGAUCCAACUCUUCAAUUUCGCUCACCCAAAAUGGCGCUAGGUGGAGCAGCUCCCCAGAGAGGAAGUGCAGCAGCUACUGCAAGCAUGCGCAGGAGAAGGACGACGAGUUCUGGUACAUCUGGAGGGGCAGCUGGAACAAUGCUGCAAUUUUACACGGAUGAUGCUCCUGGGCUCAAGAUAUCCCCUAACGUCGUUCUUGUCAUGAGCAUUGGUUUCAUAGCUUUUGUUGCUAUUCUCCAUGUUAUGGGUAAGCUGUACUUCGUGCGAAGGGAAGCUUAGUGGGUUUUUGCCCUUGAUGUCAUGUGAUGAAUAUUUAAAUCCRAUGUGAUAAAAGUUUAAUUUUAAUCUGAAUUCUGGUCUGUCAUUACAGUAAACUGAUUUUCGACUUGUUAGUUUUUAGAAUGAAAGAGUUGGUUUUGUUCUGGUCUAAA